UUUCUCACUUUCAGUUCCCAUUUGCGUGCUGCAGUCAGUGCCUGGCGACACUCCGUAUUUAUCGGUGAAGCAAUAAGAAAAAGUUAAAAAUUACCACAAGCUUAAAGAACCAAGAAGCUCAUGAAGCCUUGUUUACAUGAUGGAUGGCUAUGUUAUAUCAUCUAAACAACAUCUCAUAUUUCCCCCCCAAAAGGCUUCAGAGGAGGUUAUUGCAAAUGAGGCAGAGAACUAUCGACCGUCUGUGGAGCUGUACCCUUACCUCACCGGCGUGGGGGAGAUUUGCGAUGAACGUAGAUGGACCUUCCAAUCUGAGCGGGUCCAGGCGUCAGACUUUGAGAAUCCGCUCACGGAGCUUCAGGCCGUGUCUCCCCCACAGCUGAUACCACCCUACCGCUAUGGCAGUGAGUCACUGUACCUCCAACUUGAUCCUCCACUCGUUCCUCUGUCUGCAUCACCACAAAUCCCAUAUUACACCUCACCCCUGUGCUACCAGUACCCGCCUUCGGCCUCACCUGGACAGUACUACUCAGAGGAGGACCAGAGAGGAAUCAGUCCACCGCUUGAGGUAUCAGAGGGCGAGGAUGAAUAUGAAGGUCAUAACCCUUCUUCCUUCAGGAGAGACACUAACAACAAGAAGAAAAUCCGUCUGUACCAGUUCCUCCUGGACAUGCUAAGAAACGGCGACAUGAGUGAGAGUAUCUGGUGGGUGGACCAGGACAAGGGCAUCUUCCAGUUCUCCACCAAACACAAGGAAGCCCUGGCGAACCACUGGGGUAUUCAGAAAGGAAACCGCAAAAAAAUGACCUACCAGAAAAUGGCUCGAGCUCUGAGAAACUAUGGUAAAACCGGAGAGAUUAAAAAAGUGAAGAAGAAGCUAACCUACCAGUUCAGUGAGAAUGUGUUGAGAAACUUAUAUUCACGUCAGUACCCUCAAUGACAAGGGAACAAACGCUGUCUUUAAUCAUGCUAAACUACUCAAAUUUUGUCUGUAGAUUUACAAUUUCAGUUUGUUUUUCUACCAUGUUUCCUUCCUUAUUUAUUUGUAAUCUGUGACAUUUGCUAAUGUCUAUAUAAACAGCUUAAUUUUAAACUCAAAUUAUGGGUGAAUAAGAACAAAACUAAGAGUAAAAGAUCAGUGACAGCUGCAAAUAAAUGUUUUAAAAAUGCAUAUUGUAAUUUUCUGAAUGCUGUAAAUAAAUAUAAUGCUCUGCUAUUUUUGUCAAA